GUAUCCAAAUCACAUUUUCCAACAAAUUCUUUACAUAAACAGAUGACUGACUGUGUUUGAGCAAUUGUGUUGUUUUUUUUUCCUUCAUACACUUAGGUGCUUCUUGCUUACAUUCCUGGUUUCAGUUAGACAGAUUGUCAUAAUUAACAACUUCUAUUUCGAAAUGUCUUACAGACGUAAGUGGAAAUUGUGAAACAGAUCUUUAAAACGCCUGCUGAUGACUCUGUGAGAGCACACGACCGGAGAGAAGCCGCUGAAAGUCUGACCUGCUUUACAAUAUUUUUUGAAUGCCUUUGCAGCUCGUGGUGUUGACUUUGGAAACCUCACGGAGGCUUGGCUGCUGCAGGCCAGGAAACAUCACUAGCACUAGGGCCAUGUGGGACCUCUCCUUUAAAAGAAAAAAAAAAGUUUGAGGUUUUUUCUCAGCCCAUUGUAAGUAAUCAGGCAAAUAGAAGCUUGCUGUUGUGCAGUGAACAGACACUUCUUUCAAGAAGGCGGAGAGCAAUGCUUACUCUACUGGAGGAAGAGCCAGUAGACCGGCAAGAAGUCAGGACAUAUGCUCGCUGCACCAGCAGACGGUUACACCAACAGUGGAUCUUCUGAAGCCAACUCGUACUCCACUGGAUGUGAUUCCCUCUGAAUGCAAAUUCAAGCUCCUCCAAUUGCUGGCAAGCAAAGAGCAACAGAUGCACUCAACCACAGGCUUACUUUGCAACCCUGUCUCAACACGCACACCAAAGCUGUGCCCACAGGAAGAGGAUACACAUGUUUUAUUGACAGAACCGCAAGUGGCUUGAACCCGUGGCUGACUGGAUUUAUUUCUUUAAACCAUUCCACCUUUCUUUUUCUCUCUUUUUCUCUCUUGGGGUGAACUCCUGAAUCGCUUGAGCCAAUAUGAUGUCUGUUGCUGUGGUAUGUGUGAUGUUUUUUCUCGUGGGCUCAGGGGAGGCUCAGGUUGCUUCACAAACUCUGGGGCAAAGCCAGAGACAGGGUCAAGAGCAGGACAGUUCCGCUACCCCUUGGAGACAGGUGAUACAGUGGGAAAACAACGGACAGGUGUUCAGCCUGGUGAACAGUGGAGCUGAGUACGUUCCUGCCGGAGCCGGAGGUCAAGAAAGAGCUACCAGGGUCAUUUUGUCAGAUCCCCGUCCUUCACGCAGACGUCAGGGAAGCAAUCUCCGUAGGCAGGCUCCACCAAGGGGGUCCUCCGAAACUGUUCGUGGGCAGGCAAGGCAUCCUUUCGGUUUUGGACAAGUGCCUGAUAACUGGAGGCAAACCACAGGCAGCACAGGAACCAGCCAGUUCCACAGUUCCUCGAGCAGUCAGCGCCGUCCAUCGUCGUCAUCGACUUUUUCCUCGUCUUCAUAUAACAUACCAUCCUACCCUCAAUACCCAUUUCCCCAACAGCCUCCCUUCCAGCCUUUUGACGGCGGUUUUCCAGACGCUCCUGUCAGAAAUUACGAGCCACCUUUCCAGCCUGUUCCAGGCACCGGAUACAGCGGAGGAACAUUUGGGACUGGACAAGGGUUUGCUGCAGGUGGAUUUGGAGGAGGACUGGGCUCAGUGUUCCCCGGUUCUCCAUCUGAAUUCCCCGAAAAUGGUUACUAUUACUACCAGUCGUACGGCUACGGACCCAAUCCAGGGGUACCCGCAAGUGCCCCCCAGCCAUCAUUUGCAGAUGGUCUGGAUCACAGGUACACCCACAGCCUUUUCAAUGAGGAGUCUGCCCCUGCCAACCCAAUCCCUGAUGCCAACCAAGCGCUUCCUGUUGUGGUGGAUAGACCAGGAGCUGCUGGGCAAUCAGCAGUCCGAAGCCCACAAUAUGAGCAGUUUCCUCCCUAUGGAAGACCCCAGCCUCCUUUCUCACAGCCUUUUCCUCAAGGCAGAACCUCUCCAAACUCUGCCCUGGAGAACUCUGGUACCAACGUUGGCAAUGUGUAUCGGGGAACCCAAAGAGGUUUACCUGACCUGGUUCCGGAUCCAAACUAUGUCCAGGCUUCAACAUACAUCCAAAGAGCCCACAUGUACUCCCUCCGCUGUGCUGCAGAGGAAAAAUGCUUGUCGAGCUCUGCCUACCGUCCUGAAACCACUGACUAUGACGUUAGAGUCCUGCUCCGAUUUCCGCAGAGGGUGAAGAACAAAGGCACAGCUGACUUCAUGCCCAACAGACCUCGUCAUACCUGGGAAUGGCACAGCUGUCACCAACAUUACCACAGCAUGGACGAGUUCAGCCACUACGAUUUGCUGGAGGUCGGCACGGGGCGCAAGGUGGCAGAGGGACACAAGGCCAGCUUUUGCCUGGAGGACACCACCUGUGACUUCGGUCACCUGAAGCGCUACGCCUGCACUUCUCACACUCAGGGUCUGAGUCCAGGCUGCUACGAUACCUACAAUGCUGAUAUUGACUGCCAGUGGAUCGAUAUCACCGACAUCAAGCCUGGAAACUACAUACUAAAGCUUGUGGUGAACCCCAAAUUCUUGGUGCUCGAGUCGGAUUUCACCAACAACGUGGUGAGGUGCAACAUUCACUACACCGGGCGAUUCGUCACAACAAACAACUGCAAGUUAGCGCAGUCUUGAUCCAGCAUAGGAGUUCUGCCACAUUAUAGUGAUAUUCCAUUGAAAUGUGAAUGGAAUCCAUUUGUUCUUGGUUAAAUCUGACUUUUUUUUUCUUC